AUGGAGCAUGCGCCCAUCUUUGUCAGGCUGGAUGAGAUCAGGCGAAAGGGCUGGGAGAGCGAGGAAGGGAAUCGGUUCUUCGACAGACAAAAGAGACAGGCUGAUGAGGGCAGCGAGGAGACGCAGAGAUAUCUCAACAAGAUGAUGCAGGCCAUUGCCGACGAGAUGCAGCGGAUGACGGGAGCAUUCACAAUUUGCGAUAGAGCAUACAGUGCCGUCGACAACGACAGACAGAGACGGAUCCUCGACUGCUGCAUGGCUCCAGGAACAUACCUACAGGCAGCGCUCGAGCAUAAUCCUGGCGCCGGUGCUCUGGCCUUCACCCUGCCGCCCCCGCUUGGUGGGCACAAGCUGCUGCUGGAGGAAGACGAGACUCGAGGCCUAGUCAUUAAGCUCCUCGAUGUGACGAUGCUUGCAGCCGAUAUGGGUGUCACGCCAGACGAGAUCCCUCCCGACCACCCAGACGCGGCGGCGUUCCUACCGCAGCAGGUCGAGCCAGGCCGACACUUCGACCUGGUCCUAUGUGACGGGCAGGUUUUGCGCACUCACGAGCCGCACAGGGCUGCGUACCGCGAAAGGCGCGAGGCGCGCAGGCUGACACUCACACAGCUCAUUCUAGGGCUGGAGCACCUGCGGCCCGGGGGCACGAUGAUUGUCCUGCUCCACAAGGUCGAGGCCUGGGAUACCGCAUGCCUCGUGCGCACGUUUCACGCCUUCUCUACUGUGCGGCUCUUUAAGCCUCGACGGGGUCACGCCAAGCGUAGUUCCUUCUACAUGAUCGCGACAAACAUCCGGGCUGAGGACCAGGCGGCGGUUGCAGCGGUGGAGGAGUGGAAGGCGACGUGGAAGGUUGCAACGUUUGCGAGCGAGGACGAGUAUGCGGCUUCUCGACAGGAGUGUGUAGGUGUUGACGAGCUGCUGGAUCAAUUUGGACCGGAGCUGAUAUCUCUGGGACAUCAUGUCUGGAGAGUUCAGGCUGAAGCCCUUGAGAAGGCUCCAUUCAACCGCAGGUGA